CUCUCCCUCUGUGAUCAGUGGGUGAGAGGGGGGAGACGAGCAACACACAACGGAGAACCCGGCGUGCGCCUCCGUCAUCAUCUCUGUUGGCUCAUCCUUUCAUCACACCACCGGUCCUGGAUCCCCCAGCCUCGGUCCUGGAGACGCCUGAGUCUGCAGCAGCGCACGAUCUGCUUUAUUUCCAGCCGAGAUCUGAAUGACGGGCGGAAGGUUUGACUUCGACGACGGUGGCACUUACUGCGGAGGGUGGGAGGAUGGCAAAGCCCACGGACACGGCAUCUGCACCGGACCCAAGGGCCAAGGAGAGUACGCCGGGUCCUGGUCGCACGGCUUUGAGAUAGUAGGGGUGUACACCUGGCCCAGCGGGAAUACCUACAAGGGCUACUGGUCCCAGGGGAAGCGGCAUGGGCUCGGAGUGGAGAAUAAAGGAAAGUGGAUCUACCGGGGAGAGUGGAGUCAUGGUUUUAAGGGUCGAUACGGCGUCCGGCAGAGCCACAACACACCUGCGAGAUACGACGGUACCUGGAGCAACGGGCUGCAGGAUGGAUAUGGAAUCGAAACCUAUGGCGAUGGCGGUACUUAUCAAGGCCAGUGGAUGGGUGGGAUGCGACAUGGCUAUGGUGUGCGUCAGAGUGUACCCUAUGGCAUGGCCACCGUCAUCCGCUCUCCACUUCGUACAUCUCUGGCCUCCCUCCGCUCUGAGCAGAGCAACGGCACCGUGCUCCAGGACCUGUCCUCCCCUGCAGACACGCCUACAGGCAGUCGCGGUGGCUUCGUCCUCAACUUCCACUCAGACAGCGAGGUCGUCACCGGCAAGAAGAAGGGCCUGUUCCGCCGGGGUUCACUCUUUGGCAGCCUCCGACAGUUGCGCAAGUCUGACUCUCGGACCUCAAUCUCUAGCAAGCGCAGCUCUGCCAGAAGCGACGCCACCAUGAGCCGCAUCAGUUCCAGUGAUGCCAACUCUACCAUAUCCAUCGGCGAUGGCGAGCUGCAAGAUGAGGACCUACCUCUGGAGGACCAUGUGGAUGCCACCACGACCGAGACCUACAUGGGCGAGUGGAAGAAUGACAAGCGCAAUGGAUUUGGUGUGUCAGAGAGAUCCAACGGGAUGAAGUAUGAAGGAGAAUGGCUUAACAACAAGCGCCAUGGUUACGGGUGCACGGUUUUCCCAGAUGGCACCAAAGAAGAAGGGAAGUACAAAAAUAACGUGCUGGUGCGUGGAAUACGAAAGCAGUUGAUUCCUCUUAAGAACCCCAAAACCAAAGAGAAGGUGGAUCGGGCUGUGGAGGGGGCUCAGAGGGCUGCAGCCAUUGCAAGGAGUAAAGUGGAAAUAGCAGCUUCCAGAACGGCCCAUGCCAGGACAAAAAGCGAGGCUGCAGACCAGGCCGCGAUCUCUGCUGUGCAUGACUCUGAAAUUGCCAGAGCGGUUGCAAGGGAGCUCUCACCCAACUUCUACCAACCGGGACCCGACUACAUAAAACAGCAGUUAAAGGAGCCUGUGGAGAUUAAGGAGGUCCCUGUUGAGAAGAAGGAAGGCUCCCCGAAGGAUUCUCCCCACUUUUACCGCAAAGGCACCACUCCCCCCCACUCCCCGGUGACCAGUCCUGGAACCACACCUCCCCCCUCGCCUCGUUCCAGCAAGAAGAAAGGUCAACUCGCCAACAGCACCAGCCGUAAAACCAGCAAAGAAGAAAAACCUUCCCGCAAAAUAAGCAAAGAAGAGAAGUCGAGCCACAAGACCAGCAAGGAUGAGCGAUCUAGCAGGAAGCUGAGUAAAGAAGAAAGGCCGUCCGUUACUGAUGGCCCCAAAGCUUCCCAUGUACCCGACGAGGCUCCACCGAAACCCGCCAAGGUCCAGCAGCCUGCCCCAGCUCCUGCUCCUCCUCCACAGCCUCCUGCAGUUCCAGUCAAUGGCCAGCUCCACACCGAGUACCACAGUUACUACGUCAAGGCCCCUACAAGGGCGCCUCCACCACCAGACCCAGAGGAGGAUAUAGAAGAAGAGCCCAGUGCCCUGGCCCUGGCACGUAUGCCCCCACAACCCCCCAAGUCCUAUAGUAUCCCCACUCCUAAGCCGGCCUCCAUACGGGAGAGCAAGAGCGACCAGAAACUCAGGAAGCAGGAUUCCCUAAAGCCAAAGAGCCUCGCAGACACAAAGAAAGCUAGCAUGGAGAUUGCAGAAAGUACAGAAGAAACAGGUCCUAACUCAAUCCUUGUUGCUAUGGUAAUGCUGUUGAAUAUCGGCCUUGCAAUUAUAUUUGUCCAUUUUCUGACAUGAUGAUGCUGUUUCUCAGUGAAACCAUGGCAACCGGUACAGUUGCAUCGCCGGCCUUGAAAAAUGAAAAUGGCGCCAGUGAGACACGGGGGCGGCUGUAGGUGUUUAGGAAUCAGCAUGACACCGAAGAGAAUCAGGAGGAAGGCAUCACUACUACCAACCCGUCACUGGCCUUCUUUAGGGCCAGCCCCGUGAAUUAGCACUCCUUUGGCUUCUGUAAAAGCUGAGGUGAAAUGUCGUGUCUAGUGAGAUUAAAAAAUAAAAAAUAAAAAAGUUUAAAAAAUGCAACUAAACAUACACAGUCUGAAAAAAAAGAAAACAAGAAGUUAUUGAAACCCACACGUGUGCUGAUCCAAGCACAGGUCUCUGUAGCCCACUUCCACUGCCUUGGCAGAGAUAGCGGUGGGCUGAUGGAGCCUUGCUGGAAGAGUGUGGAGAUGCACUUUUAGAUGACGGGAGCAAACAGCUGCCUUUCUAUUUUGCCAUCUGACGUUUUGAUGGGGAGAUGUGAGCCCGGCCCGGGGGGGACGGUCACGGCGGGAGCGUGCUCGGGUGUUCGGAGCGUUUUCUGGGGUUCACACCACUCUUUGCAAGAGGAAACUGGGCACGGCCGUUGCCAGCAGUCAGUGCUAGCACGGUCACUAGCCAGUCUUACUCUGUUAACCCAAACAUCACCGCAGCUUUCUGAAGCUCCGUCCAUUGUUAUCCAGAAUACACUGCUUUGAAACACUCCCCGUGCAUGGUACAGUUUUAACAUUUUGUUUUUGUUUGUUUUUAUUUUUUUGUUCUAUCGUAUCUUUUCGUUCGUUGUUGUACUCUGAAUGUUGGUUACCUGCAGUCACAUGCUUGUAGGCUUUUUGUUCUCUUUUCAGAAUGAGUUAAUAAAUUUCUUUUUUUCCCUUUUUAUUUGAAUUUUACUCAUUUCUAACAAUUGAGCUGUAAUUUGACAUUACACAUACAUGUUACUGAAAGUGCAAUAUGUUUUUUUGUUUUUUUUCAAAAGCUUAUAAUAUAUUUUGCCAAAAAGGGGGUUGUACCAUUAGAAAAAUCCUACCUUUCAUUUUUAUUUUUUUUUUGCAUAAUUUUAUUAGACUGGCUUUGAGAGGUUAAUUGACAGCAGGCAUUGUGAUUAGGAAACUGAAUUAUACUUUAAAAGCCAGCGAGCUCUGUGAGAGUGAAGUAACAAAUGUCUUAUGUUAUUUAUGAAAUCAGAAGGAAAAUAAUUUCAUUGUACAUGCCUAGACCAUUUUUGCUUGAAUUUCUUCACUCUAUUCUUUGCUUUCAUUGUGUCACUACACCACUAAGAUGCAAAAACGCAGCUCACACGGCUGCUUGCCCGGCAAUGCUUGCAUGCUUAUGAGACUGGAUCAAGACAGUCUUGUGGACAGUGGAAGUUUAUUCAGGUUGAGGCCAUGGGGAAUGUGGCUCCAGGGAGAAGGACAGAUGCCUUUAAAAGUCUUUAACAGUACUACUGUUUACCUCAGAAAAGAUGAGGAAUGGGGGUGGGGGUGGGGGGGAGGGGGAAAUCGAUGCCAUCCUUGUCUUAACUUUGUUGUGUGGGGGAUACUCUGACUGUUGUCAUCACCUGAAUCAUGCUUUGAACUUGCCUCAUCGUAGCUGCUUGUAGUCUUUGUCGCAGGUAUGGCAUGAGUUUCUUUGAUUUUCAAAGUGGUUAUUUAUAUGGUGGACAUUUACUGUCACCACUACCAAGUUUAAUUAUUUAUUCAUUGUACAACUGAUGUGUUUGUGAACAUUGGUCACCAUGAAAAGGGCUUUAAUAUGUUUAGGUUUUCUUUGCUGCGAUUUUAUUUUGAAGACUGUAUUGUCGAUUAUAAAAUGAGCAGCACAUUAAAAUUUAGAGAAUUCUUCAACCAGUUUGACGUUUGCAAACUGUCCACAUAACAACUGGAAAAACAAAAAUUCAAAAUAUUGUGUAGACUAUAAAAUGGUGAAGACUGGAGUUUUAGAGGGUUUAACUGAACAGCCUGUUUAUGGGAUAUUUUUUGAAAUGCAACAUUGCAUGUUGGAGACAUUUAUAUAUAGAUUAUUAUAUACUAUUUGUAAGGAUUUUUACAGAGCACAAUCCAGAAUCUGGUAUGAGUUGGUAUUUUUCUAACAAUUUGCACACCUGUAUUUUGACAAUGAAUAUAACUUGUUUGUAAUUGGUAAUGUAAUGCACAUAUGAUAAUGUUUGACAGUGGAAAAAAAAAUACUUUAUUUCUAAUUGGUUGUACUGUACGUACCAUUUGGGGGUGUGAAAGGCAGAUGUACUUGUUUGAGUAUUUUAGGACAUAACAAGGAACUGUGGGAGACUUUUGAUAUCUCAAGGUUCAUGUUACCCCACUGAUUUGUGCAAAGUCUUUGGAGAUGAAGUUAUGUGUAUAACAAUAAAGAUGUUAUGCCUUGUUAAACAACA